AUGUUAAAAAAAAAUUAUUGUCGUUACAGCUGCCAAGUGAUCCGGAGGCGGGAUUGCCCUAAAGAUCUGCAUAAGUGCGGUACCACCAAGUGUCCGUCUUGCGGCCAGUUUGUCGUGGCUGCUGAGCACCGUUGUUAUUUGCGGCGUGUUGCUCCGAAAAAGUCCGAGGAUAAGCUCAUCUUUUUCGACUUUGAAACGGACCAGUCUUCGGGGGAGCAUCUCGUAAAUUUCGCGGUGGCUCAGUAUGCCGACGGCACAGAAAAAGUGUUUCCGGGCUACACGGCAUGUCAAGAUUUCUGCGUCUGGCUGUUCUCUACAGAGCACAAGGGCUUCACCGCCGUGGCACACAUGAAAGGGUUCGAUGGUCAGUUCGUGAUGGCCUGGCUCCUGGAGAAAGGCACAGCGCCGGACGUGAUUCCUAACGGGUCUAUGAUCAUGUGUUUAAGACACCCCAGUCUGAACAUUCGGGUCAUAGACUCAUUAAAUUUUCUACCGAUGGCGUUGUCCAAGCUCCCGGGCUGCUUCGGUCUCAGCGAGCUGAAGAAAGAUAAGAUUUGAUGAAUCUGUGAUGAAUUCAUCAGUUUCCAAAAUCGUACAGAAUAUUUCGAGCUUUAUUGAUUUCUAUCAAAUUUUCAAAUUCAGCGUACACUAAUAACGAAACAGUUUAUUGUAAGGGAGUCCCAAAUUUUAUUUCUAAUCUUAAGUUGCUGUGUCGAACUAGAUUUAAAUGAGAGCCAUCACAAAGGUCAGGUGACAGGUCGAAGCGAAAUAAGGAAUAUCCUUUUGAAAAUUCUGAUCUUGAAAGGUAAAGUCCUCUGUCGUCUGCAUUCAUAAAUAAAUUCUGAUAAGCUCGUAUGAAAUGAUUUUUGUCAAAAUUAGGCUGAAGAGGAUUAUGAGGUACCGGUUGCCCGUCCACAUAAACGCCGAUAAAGUUCAUAUUAUAAUGCUUGAAUUCAAAAGGAGACUUUUUAUAGUUUCCGUUAAAGGCAUCAUUAUCGACACAUGCCACCACAAUACGAUUAGGCAUUUGACCUAUGAAAAUAUUGUCUUGAAUAAAACUCAUAUUUCCCGUUGGAAUGGAAUAGGCUUUGCAGAGCA